CGGCUUCCGGUUGUCACUCUUCGGGACGCGCGGCGACUGCGGCUCGGGAGGACGCGGCGGGGGCCUGGGGGGGGCUCCGUGGCCCGGGCCCUACCGAGAUGCAUCCGCGGCGCCCCGACGGCUUCGACGGCCUGGGCUACCGGGGAGGCGUGCGGGACGACCCGGCUUUCGGCGUCCCCUUCCACGCGCGCCCCUUCGGCUCCGGGAGCGACCCGGGCCCCUGGGUGACGACGCCCCCGGACAUCCCGGGCAGCCGCAACCUGCACUGGGGUGAAAAGAGCCCGGCCUACGGCGUGCCGUCCGCGCCCGCGACGCUCGAGGGCCCCGCCGCCGAGGAGCCCUUUCCCGCAGGCGGCGACGUCCCGCGCCCGGGCCCGAGCAGCGAACAGUUGAAUAGAUUUGCUGGAUUUGGUAUUGGACUUGCAAGUCUCUUUACAGAAAAUGUACUGGCCCAUCCUUGCAUCGUUAUACGCCGCCAAUGUCAGGUUAAUUACCAUGGUCGGCACUACCAUCUCACUCCGUUUACAGUUAUCAACAUCAUGUACAGCUUCAACAAAACCCAGGGACCACGAGCCCUGUGGAAAGGAAUGGGAAGCACAUUUAUUGUCCAGGGAGUGACGCUCGGAGCAGAAGGCAUAAUUAGUGAAUUUACACCUUUACCGAGGGAAGUUUCACAUAAAUGGAAUCCUAAACUAAUAGGUGAACACCUUCUCCUGAAAUGCCUAACAUAUGUGGUGGCCAUGCCCUUUUACUCAGCAAGUCUAAUCGAAACAGUACAGAGUGAGAUAAUCCGAGAUAACACGGGCAUCCUGGAGUGCAUUAAAGAGGGGAUUGGCCGGGCGAUAGGCCUGGGCGUGCCUCACAGCAAGCGCCUUCUCCCGCUGUUGUCACUCAUCUUCCCGACUGUGCUGCAUGGAGCUCUUCACUACAUCAUCAGCUCCAUCAUUCAGAAGAUUGUCCUGCUCCUUCUGAAGAGAAAGACCUGUGACGGCCACCUGGCUGAGAGUACCAGCCCCAUGCAGAGCAUGUUGGAUGCUUACUUCCCAGAGCUUAUUGCUAACUUUGCUGCCAGCCUUUGCUCUGACGUCAUUCUUUACCCCUUGGAAACCGUUCUGCACCGCCUUCAUGUUCAGGGGACACGCACAAUAAUCGACAACACAGACCUGGGCUAUGAAGUGCUUCCAAUUAAUACUCAGUAUGAGGGGAUGAGAGACUGCAUAAACACCAUUAAGCAGGAGGAAGGAGUGCUUGGCUUUUAUAAAGGGUUUGGUGCUGUUAUAAUACAGUAUACACUGCAUGCAGCCAUCUUACAGAUUACCAAAGUCAUUUACUCCACACUUCUUCAGAAUAGCAUCUGAGAUUUAGGGUUUAUCACUGGCUGAUCCUAAAGAAGUGGUCUGGAUAAUUUGCUCUGAAACUGUAAGUAAUGAAAGUAAAGAAGAGGACUGGGAGUCGAGACGUGGGAAAGUUCAUGCUGAUUAUACCGACUUCUUAUUUUUCUUAAGGCAUAAAUAUAUAGAUAUAUAGCUAUAGAAAUAAUACUGGCUCAAAACCUUUCCAAAAUUGAAAACUCAAUAAAGGUAACACUUUAAAUGUAAAAUUGCAUUUGGUAUAGCACUCAUGCUGAAAUAAAUUGAUCCUGGGUAGAAGCAAAAAUGUAUCAAGUAUAAAAUGAAAUUGCAAUGACUUGAAUCUAUUUUAUUGACCUUAAUAUUUGUUAUAUGUUUGUUUAACCUGGAUUCGGGUCAGUGUGUUAAUUCUUAAUGCAGUGUGUAGUAUCAGGGGUUUUUACCUUUUGAUUAAUCAAAUAGAUUACAUCACCAUUGAAAAAAACCUAAUGAUUAGAUUUCGCACUCUGUAAGCAGGGGUUGAGGGCUUUUCAAUCGUAUGUAAUCCUUUCAUUUGCUGUGUAUAUUAUGUGGAUCCAUUUGUGUGUGUACGUGUAACUUGGGAUUCCCUUCAUGCCUGCAAGUUCUCAUAGGCCAGCGUAUUGCAUCGGAUGAAGGGAGACACGUUCUGCUUGACCGUCAAGAGUGAGCCGCCAAGACACCAGGACAUGGCUUGCUUGUCCGCGUCACCCCAGCGCUGCAGUGCCAGAAACGUGACGUUUUUCCGAUGCUUUGACGUUCGGAUCAUCAGGUGAUUUUUAGAGCCACUUUUAAAGAAACCUAACAAUCAUGGCAGCCAUUACUGUUCCCACAUUUACCUAAGAAGCCUCACUUGUCUUUUGUUUCUGAAAGAACUUGUUUUAGAGGGGACAGAAUUAUAGUUCACCCGGGAAUUUGUGCUUCUUGCUUAUCGUAAAUAAUGACUGCAACGUUUCUUUCUUUCUUCGUGUGUGUGUGUGUGUAAAGUUUUAUUCUCCAAAUGAACUACCUUAAAGAUAAAAACGAGACAUCCUUGUUACUUUUUAUUGAAACUUGUUUGGAUAGACACUGAAGAAAAAUACCAACUUCAUAGGAAACUUGCUCUUAUGUUUUAUGAAGGAAAGGGGAGUCAGUAUUCCAACAAAGGAAACUUCUUAACCAGUUUAACAAAGCACAGUUGAUGUGUUCCUAUGAUGGAUUAGACUUUGUAAUUAAGUGAUACAUAGUUCACGGAUCAUUCAUGCAACAUUUAACGUUUCAUUUCUUCCCGAGUAUGAGCAAGUCUAUAAACACCCUGAAGUGCAGUGCCUGCCGAUGUUGCCCAUCCUAGCGUGCAUGCAAACUAAAACUGGUGUUACAUGCUAAGCAUCGCAGAGACUGUCACUGCGACUGGUAAGAGCUUGACACGGGCAAGGAAAAGCAUGCAGUCAUGUGUGAGUGAGUAGCCGUCCUACCCAUGUUACUGGAGUAGUGUUGUCCACUGUUCAGUUCCUCAGAAGGGGAAAAUAAAUGCUGCUGAUCACAUUUGCAUUUAUGGCUACUCUCUUAAAAUGUGUGUCUUUCUCUGUCUAAAAACGGGACUAAAGUUGUUUUUAUUGACUUAAGCGGCUAAGUUUGUAGAUGUUUAUGGCCCCCUUCCUCAGAAUCUCAUUUUUUAUACAAGUCAAGGUUGUUUCAGAGAAGAAACCAGAAAUGUAUGGUUUCGGAAAAUGCCUGCAACAGUCUAAAUGUAAUAAAGUAUUUACUAAGUUAA